UGUCACUUCGAAAAGGAUCUUGCAGUAACCGAAGCCGGUUUGAACGGCGAGCGGCGUGCAACGGAGAAAGAGGGACAUUAAAACAGGAUUUACAAAUGAACACAUGCCAAAUAAGGGAUGAAAUCUGAAAGUCAUCCAAUUCAUCAGGGCCUCAGUAUCAUUGGCCUUUUGGUGCACAGAAAAACUUUUUCUAUUCCUCUUCCUUUUUCUGGUUUUAAACAUUGUGUGGCUGGAAGCGUACCAAGACACAAGCACUUGAAUGAGAAUGCUCCCUUGUAAUGACUGGAAAAAGCUUAAACUAGCAAUGCAGCCUGAAAAAAGAUUUUGCAUCUGCCACAGUUGAAAGAAUCUGUGUGCAUACUCUGUGCAUGGACCCAGGUUUCAACUGAUUGUCCUACCAGGGAGAAACAUAAGGAUACAGGCAUCAUGGAGACACCAGAAAAAGUUGGGGACUGUGGGAAGACUAUAUGUACCUCUUAUGAGCUGGACAUGUAUCGACCCGGUCACAGUGGGCAGAAGCUGUUAACCUGUCCAGUGUGUGGCAAAGGAUUUGCUCAGUCACCCAAUCUGCUGUUACAUCAGCGAGUUCACACUGGAGAGAGGCCAUUCACCUGUUCCGUGUGCAGGAAGGGAUUUUCAGAAUCUUCCAGCCUGCUGACACACCAGCGUGUUCACUCUGGGGAGAAGCCAUUUACCUGCUCGGUAUGUGGGAAGGGAUUCACUAAUUCGUCCAACUUGCUCUUACACCAGCGAGUUCACACUGGCGAGAGACCAUUCACCUGCCCUGUGUGCGGGAAGAGAUUCACACAGUCGUCCAGCCUGCUGACACACCAGCGCCUUCACACUGGGGAGAGGCCAUUCAUUUGCUCAGUGUGUGGGAAGGGAUUCACUAAUUCGUCCAACCUACUGACUCACCAGCGAGUCCACACUGGGGAGAGGCCAUUCACCUGCCCCGUGUGUGGGAAGGGAUUCACUCAGUCAUCCAGCUUGAUUACACACCAGCGCGUUCACACAGGGGAGAGGCCAUUCUCCUGCUCUGUGUGUGGGAAACAAUUCAGAAAUUCAUCCAACCUGCUGACUCACCAGCGAGUUCACACUGGGGAGAAGCCAUUCACCUGCUCUGUGUGUGGGAAAGGUUUCACUCAGUCAUCCAGUCUGCUGACGCAUCAGCGUAUACACAACGGGCAGCGGCUUUUCGGAUGCACUGUGUGAAGGGGUUCACUUGGUCAUUCAAUUCUUAUCUGCUGAAACAUCAACUAGUUCACAAGUGACUGUAAGAGUUGGAUUUUUUUGUUGCUGGUACUGUUAAACAUACGUGGAGUAAUUAUCAAUUACUCUGAAAGUUUGAAUUUCUGCUGGUGUUAAGAAUUCCUAUGCCACGCAGCUUCUGCAGUCCUUGAUGCUUUGGUUUUCUGGCUUUUAGAAUUAACUGAAUUAUAGAAUCACUUGUGGUUAUGUGUUCCAAAGUUAAUGGACCAGUAAAUACUAGUAUAAAUGUUUACCUGAAACACAAAACAUGUAAUACUUUAUGAAGCAAAUAAUUAUGCAAGUAAUGUUUUCACUCCCUAGAUAUUGUAUGAAAAGAUGCCGGAAAUUGCAGCUCUAAAUAAUUCCACCUGACUGAUGUUUCUGAACAUUAACUGGGAAGCUUAUGGCAUAACUGGGCUGGAAUACAGUACAAAUUUUACAUUUCUGUGAAAUUUGAUAACAUGCCUAUGUCUGCCUUUGAAAGAGGGAAUUAGAUGAACAGUGGAUGGAGAGAAAUAUCUGAUGGGAGAUUGAAAAAGAGUGUAUAUGUGUCAGUAACUGGAUUUUGUUAAAGACUGUAAGGGAAGCAGUGGGAUCAUUAGUGCUGUUGCCAGAUGCAUAAUUUCAAUGUAAUUAUUAGACCUGGAAUAUAAAGGUAAUCUCUAUAAUGGUAACCACAAAACUAUUAUCAGUUGUUGUAAAACUCCACCUGAUUCAUAGAUUCAGUUUAGGGAAGGACAUCAGCCAAUAUUACCCAGUUUGGCCUACAUGUGAAUCCAUACCCUUAAUGUGGCUGACUUAACUGUCCUCUGAAAUUGCUUAGUGAGCUUCUCAAUUCAGAGGCAAUCAAAGGUGUGCAACAAAUGCUGGCCCAUCAGUGCCGACCAUAUUCAAUGAAAGGAUAAAAAAAUCUUGAAUGUGACAUUUGCAAGAAAUUGCUGUAAAGUAAGUAAGAGUCAUUUUAUUCUUCUGAUAACUACUUGUUUAAUUUUUCUGAUAACUACAAGUUGUCCCCAGGUUACAAAUGGGCUCCAUUCUGGAGUUCACACACAAGUGUAUUUGUCCGCAAGUCAGACCACAAUGUGGAUGGUCACCUUCAUUUCAGAUGAAUCAGCCAAGACCACUUAUCUCACUCAUAAUGGUUUAUUGAUGGAGAGUUUUUGCCAUAGUAACAAAAAGCAUAAACUAAAGCAAACAAUUUGUUUUAAUGCCUUUUCAAGGCAAAACUUUGAACAACAGACUUGACAAGUAAUUGCAGUGACGUCUCUGAUAACAUACGCCAGCAUUAUAGGAUUCCAGAUGACCUGCGAGGGAGAUACAGAACAUGCGAUUGAAAGAGCUGCAUAGAUAUUGAGAGAUUUACUUCUCUCUCUCACCAUCUCUCUCUAUCUGUCUCACAGUCCACUCAUCUCUCCUGCUUUCUCUCUGUCUUGCUGUCAUUCUCCGUCUCUCAUACACUAUCUCACACUAUCUCUCCAUCUCUCGUUCUCACCAUUUCUCAUUGUCCAUCUGUACAUCUCUCUCACUCUCCGUUUAUCUCUUGCUUUCUCUGUUGACUCUGUCUCACUAUCCAUCUCUAUCUCAUUCUCUCUCCAUCUAUCCUACGAAGGAAAGGCACAGAGAGCAAGCACAAGAUAAAGAAUCAGAGAGAGAAUGGAGAGAGAAAGAGACCCAAAGACGUCCAACGUGACACUCCGUGCCCUCAAUGACACCGACGUUGUCAGUGAUUUUGUGGACACUGAAGGACUUGGAGAUGGAUCGUUAGCCAAGAACCUCUUUGUCUCUCCAUCUCUCCCUCUCUCCAUUUCUUAUUCUUUCUCUCGUGCUCUCUCUCUGUGCCUCUCCCUCUCUAGCUUUUGAUCCCCCUCUUCUGUUUCUGCAUUGACAACAACAAGACAACCCAGGCUAAAUUACCCAGCCAAGGACACUUUCCUGGCACAGGCACUGAGACUCCUCCUUGCUCAACACAAUAAAGGGGUAGAGUGGGAGAGGGUGGCUUCAAAGAAACCAGCAGUUGGGCGAAGGACAGCCAGUGUGUGCUCACAAACAAGAAGUCAUGGAUUAGCUUGAUGGGCUUUCAGAGAAUGUGAUUACUUUGAAUAUCUGCCUCUGUUAAUGGAAAGUCAAAGAAGAGAUUUCCUCCCACCUGUCAUACUGAUAUAAGGUAUACAACCAAGAUCUCAAGUGGCAAUAAAUCACGCCAGCCAGCAAUUUUUUUUUCACAUGAAUGCAGCUGGCUCAGGCUUAUCACCUGUUUGGUUAAGGAGAAUUUUGGCCAGAGUGCAGGCCUUUUAAGUGAUCCAUGCUGCCUUCAUCCGAACAAUUUGACAAGUUCCAAAAGAUUAUAAUAAACAGAAUACCCUGCCACCUUCAUUGUCGUCUGUCCAGCUCAGUUCUGAAAAAGAGUCAUACAGAAUUCGAAACAUUAACUCUGUUUCUCCACAGAUGCUGCCAGACCUACUGAGUUUCUCCAGCAUACUUUGUGUUUAUUUCAGAUUUACAGCAUCGGUCAUGUUUACACCUUAUUUACCUGUGCAUCUGACUAACCUGGGACCAAGUAAAGAUUCUGAGAUGACUGUGGCCACAGAGGUCUGUUCUUUUGUUUAUCUGUUUUAUUUUAUCCCACUUCUGUUUAUCUACUCUGGGAUCAAUUAUCUAUUCUAACUUGACCUGAUCAUAUGUCUGUUAGCUUUAUA